CGGCAGUCGCCGUGCAGCCCCUCCACCGCCCCGCCAUUAACUUGGUACUUACUCAGUAGAUCUACUAAUAGCAACUCACCUGCCUCCUCCGCCAACCUGAACUCGCUAUCUUUUUAUCUUCUCUCGUCUUUUUUCUUCUCUUCACUUUCCAUCGUCUUCGCUCCGGGUUUGUUCAACCCUCCACAACCACACAUCAUGUCUCACUCUCACUCCCACGACACUGGCGUCAGCCACUCCCACGACGAUGUCACCGGCGGCCACGGCCACUCGCACGAGAUCCUCGACGGACCGGGAUCCUACAUCAACCGGGAGAUGCCAUUGUCGGAGUCCCGGGACUGGAAAGACCGUGCCUUCACAAUUGGAAUUGGCGGACCCGUCGGAUCCGGCAAGACCGCCCUGAUGCUGGCGCUCUGCCAUGCCCUGCGAGACGAAUAUAACAUUGCGGCUGUGACCAACGACAUCUUCACGAGAGAAGACGCCGAAUUCCUCACCCGCCACAAGGCCCUGGCGCCCAACCGCAUCCGCGCCAUCGAGACGGGCGGCUGCCCGCACGCCGCCGUCCGCGAGGACAUCAGCGCCAACCUGCUGGCCCUGCAGUCGCUGCACAAGCAAUUCCAGACCGAUCUGCUGCUGAUCGAGUCCGGCGGCGACAACCUGGCGGCCAACUACUCGCGCGAGCUGGCCGAUUUCAUCAUCUACGUGAUCGACGUCGCUGGCGGCGACAAGGUGCCCCGCAAGGGCGGGCCGGGCAUCACCGGCAGUGACUUGUUGGUGGUCAACAAGUGCGAUCUGGCGGCCAUCGUGGGCGCCGAUCUGGGGGUCAUGGAGCGGGAUGCUGCCCGCAUGCGGGAGGGCGGGCCCACGGUCUUCGCUGAGGUGAAGAAUGGGAAGGGGAUGCAGCAUAUUGUGGGCUUGAUUUUGAGUGCGUGGAAGGGGUGCGGGGCUUAUGAGGAGUGUGUGAGGAGGUGGAAGGCGGGCGGGCAGAGGGGGUCGGGGAGUGUUGAUGCUUGAACUUUCAUCUCUCGUGUUGCUUUUCGGGGGGUGUGAGGUUGAGAUUAUUGUGAAGGGGGGGAGUGGAGGUGGACUUUGGGUAGUUUGGCAGUGUUGCCCGUUGAUAUGUAUAUGAUGAUGAUCGUUUAUUUGCACAUUUCUAUAGGAUAUAUAUAUUCAGAGACUAAGCACUUUUUCUU